GCGCAGCAGGGGCGGGGCUGGAGAGGGACCCCACCCGCGGAUCUCGCGGGAGCGUUAGAGGACGGAAGCGCUGUCUGAGCAGGAUGCGGGUCGUGGUUGCGUUGGUCCUCCUGAGCAUCUCAGCGGCGGGAGCCGCUCCGCUCCCAAAGUCUCAAACUCCCAAGAAAGAAGAAGGUGCAGUUCGGCCUUCUACAGGAGGCGACUCCAACCACCCCACCUCGAGCCAGCUGCUUGGAGGCUCUACCAAGUCGGAACAGGAGCCGCAGACUCCAAAAGACAGCUCUAGCAAGCCGAAUUCAGGGGCGCAGACCCAAAAAGACAGCCCCGGCAGGUCAGGUGCGGACACGCAGACCCCAGAACACGGUACCAGCCAGUCUGGUGUGGACACGCAGACCCCAGAACACGGUACCGGCCGAUCGGGUGCGGACGGGCAGACCCCUGAACAAGGCACCAGCCAGUCGAGUGCGGACACGCAGACCCCAAAACACGGCCCCAGCCAGUCUGGUGUGGACACGCAGACCCCAGAACACGGUACCGGCCGAUCGGGUGCGGACGGGCAGACCCCUGAACACGGCACCAGCCAGUCAGGUGCGGACGGGCAGACCCCAGAACACGGCACCAGCCAGUCGGGUGCGGACGCGCAGACCCCAAAACACGGUCCCAGCAAGUCGGGUGCGGAGUCACAGGCCCCAAAAGACGGAUCUAGCAAGUCGGGUGCGGAGGCCCAGACCCCAGAACACGGCAAGUCGGGUGUGGAGGAGCAGACCCCAGAACAUGGCAAGUCGGGUGUGGAGGAGCACACCCCAGAACACGGCAAGUCGGGUGCGGAGUCACAGGCCCCGAAAGACGGAUCUAGCAAGUUGGGUGCGGAGGCCCAGACCCCAGAACACGGCAAGUCGGGUGUGGAGGAGCAGACCCCAGAACAUGGCAAGUCGGGUGUGGAGGAGCACACCCCAGAACACGGCAAGUCGGGUGUGGAGGAGCAGACCCCAAAAGACGGCUCUAGCAAGGUGGUUUCAGAGCAGCCUUCCAGGAAAGACCACGCCAAGCCCAUCUCCAACCCCUCUGACAAGGAGCUCCCCAAGGCUAACACAAACCAGCUAGCUGACAAAGGGAAUCCUUCUCGGCCUGCUUUCAAAACCGAAUCUGGGGAGGACACUGACCUCGUCUCUCCUCCUCAGGAGGAAGAAGGUAAGUCUUCAGAGCGUACUGAGGAUGUGGAGCCCAAAGAGGCUGAAGAUGAUGAUACAGGACCUGAGGAGAUCUCACCGCCCAAAGAAGAAAAAGAAAAGGUGUCCGGUUCUGCCUCCAAUGAGAACCCUGAUGGGACACUUUUGGGGAAGGAUGACCCUUAUAAGGACAGCUCUGAAAGUGCCAGCGCGGAGAGCAGCCACUUCUUUGCAUAUCUGGUGACUGCAGCCAUUCUUGUGGCUGUCCUCUAUAUCGCUUAUCACAACAAGCGGAAGAUCAUUGCUUUUGUCCUGGAAGGAAAAAGAUCUAAAGUCACCCGGCGGCCAAAGGCCAGUGACUACCAACGUUUGGACCAGAAGGUUUUUUUCCCCCCCCAAAGUCUUAACAGUAUGGUAUAUUCCUCUGGAAAAAGAUGAACGUCACCAAUGGAUUGUGCUGCUCUUGUUUCAGCUUUGAUUUUUUUGUCCUUGAGAACUUUGUCCUCCCUGCUGAUUUGUUUCUAAAUCAAAAGAAAUGAAGAAAAAAGUACUGUGACCUAAGAGACACCCUCCUCUGGGGUUUGGUGGCAAGUCUGGGCUGACAGAGGUAGGGGGUUGCUUUGGGGUUUGCACCUGCACUUUGGUGACAUUGUUCUCCUGUGCUCCCUUUAUUUGUGCUGGUGGCUUCCAUCCGUUCCUCCUCUGAGUGUGAGCGGAGGGACAUGUGGAAACACAGCUAUGACCAAAGGGAGAUCCUAGCCUAGGCAGGUUGAGCUGCUGGCCGCCCUCCCUGGGGCCUGGGCUCUGUAGGAAAGCUGGCCCUUGACUGUGGGGUUAUACUUUCCACUGUUUCUGCAGACCUAGGGGAAAACUGCAGGUAGACGUGAUUUUCUACUAAGGCCUCUUACUUUAGGGGGAUGUGCCUACAAAAGACAUAGAAGGUGGGGAAAUGCCAAUAGGCAAAGGGCUGCUUUGAACACCUACUUCUCUUCAGAGACUUCAGCAGUGAACGGAAACAGCAGGUUAAAAAAAAGUGCUUUUUUGUGUAUGCAAGUCUAAGCUGUCUAGCAUGAGUUCUUCUUGGCUUUCUGAUUAUUUUAUGUAGCUUGAGACAAAUUGAAUCACCUUCUGCUUGGUUGUACUGAGCAUAAAACAGAACUUGGGCUUCCUGGCAGUGAGACCACUGUCCCAUCACAGAUUUUUAAAAUAAAUAUGAUUUGAAAUAGUGUGAUCUUUCACACAAUCAUAUUCAGUAGGAACUUUUUGAAAUAGGGCAAGUUCAUGUUUCAUGUGAGAAAACAUGAAGGAGGGUUUUGGUUCUGGUCUGCAGUUUUUCCAAAGGGCUUUUAUGAGAUACAUUUUCCACAUUUCCCAAAACUCCAUUUUGCCCUUGUUGCCUAAAACAGACAAAAUAGACUUACUUUAUUAAUAGAAACUAACCAUACUCUCUGCCCAUUUUACCUCAGUGUAUUUAAUGGUCCUUUCCUCUAAGAUGCCAAGGGUAAUUGUUAAAAAUUCUCCUUCCA